ACCCUCAGAGUGAAAGGUGAGAGUGCAGAGUCAGUUAUGUAAGGAGAGAGACCUCUGGAACAGACUCCAUAAGAAGCCACAACCAUGGAGAGACAGCUGCUCCGACCAGAAGAGACCGCACCCUGUACAUAGUGACCACCAGAGGACAGAAGAGACUGCACCCCACAGGUCUGUCUCCUCGCUGCCUCUUCCUGUUCCGGCCUCCAUUAUGUUCCCCGUUCCCUUGGUGAGAUGACGCUCUGUCAGCUGCGGGGUCGGCCCUUCUACUGUCGAGAAUGGGCCCUGCAGAGGCUGCAGCACUGCCUGGAGGGACUGUGCGGAGCGCGGGCCCCGGGAAUUCUUAUUACUGGGGCCCCUGGUUCAGGGAAGACGGCCCUGUGUACAGAGAUCCUGUGGCCGACCUCCGAGGCAGGGAGGAACUCCAGACUCAGCUCCCGGGUGCUGGCGUACCACUUCUGUCAGGCGCAUGCGCACAGCAGCCUCGACCCGCAAAACUUCAUCCGGAGCCUGGCGCAGCAGCUGCAGAACAGCCCCCUGAUCAGCGCAUACAAGGGAGUGUCUGACAGCGCCACCUGCAGGGGGGAUCUACAUGAAAUAUUCAAGAGGGUGGUCUUGACCCCGCUGGCGGAGCUGCCGCCGCCCUCGCAGAACCUCUUGCUCCUCGUGGACUCGGUGGAUGAGAUUUGCUGCUGUUGUCGAUCUGAUGAAUUUUCGGGGGAUUCGGACUGCACCAUUGCCGAGCUGCUGGCCGCCCACUAUGAGCUGCUCCCCCCUUGGCUGCUGCUGGUAUGCUCCAUGCGGAGGCAGAACAAGGCCGUCACUAGGAUGUUCACAGGCUUCCGUAGACUGUGCAUGGACGACCUCCGUAAGGCUCACAUAGUGCGGGACGUGCAGCAAUACAUCCUGUGCCGCCUGGACAGUGAGUCGGCUCUGCGGCAGCACCUGACCCCAGACACGGCCGAGAUGCUGAACCAGCUGCACAUAAAGAGUAACGGCUGCUUCCUGUUCCUGGAGCGGGUCCUGGACGGCGUCUCCGAAGGCUCCAUCCUCCUACGAGAGAUCCGGCACAUCCCUGGCACUCUGAAUGGGCUCUACCUAUGGCUGUGCCAGCGGCUUUUUUCGGGACGCCGAUUCUGCCUGGUGCGGACUCUGCUGAACGUCAUCUUGGCUUCUCCAGCUCCUCUGUCCCCCGCACAGCUCCAUCAGGCCGUGUGGACAAAGCAGACAAACGGGUGGAGAGCAGAGGAGUUCAGCAAGAUCCUGGCAUCUAUCUCGGUGCUGCUUCACCCUCUGGAUCAGGGCGCCCAGGUGGUCCUCUUCCACCACAGCUUCUCGGAGUGGCUCCUUGACGUGAAGUACUGUACCCAGAAAUACCUGUGUAAUGUCACAGAGGGCCACUGCAUGCUUGCCAUGAACUUAUCCACACGGGCACCAAGCCUGCCGCCUGCCGAGGUGGCCCAGCUGGCCAAGCAUCUUCUUCUUUCGGACAUUCGGGGGCUGGAGCCGUGUCACUUAGCUCUAUGGCUCCUGUGGACUGGGGCCCCGGUGUCGGACUGUUUAGCCUCCAACGUCUCUUUGGAGUUGGAGAUUCUGCAGUUGCUCUUGUUGGCCCGGCCUAAAGUAGACGGAGACGCCAUUGUGGAGGACUCAAUGGCCCUCAAGAGAACCCUGGAGCGCGGUGUCUCUCUGGAGUUCCUGCUGGAGACAGGUGGUGGACUAAAUCAGAGAGACAGAGCUGGCAGGACCCUGCUCGCUGCCGGGGCCCACGCUGGUAACCUGGAGGCUGUCAAGCUAAUGCUUUCCAGAGGGGCUGAUCUGGAGGCCACUGAUGAAGACAAGCAGACUCCUUUAGGAUUGGCCGCGCACCAGGGACACUUGUCGGUGGUAGAGCUCCUUUUGGAACAUGGUGCUCUGCAUGACCAUAGCGACAGUCGUGGUUGGACUCCUCUACGUGCUGCAGCCUGGGGGGGCCACACAGAAGUUGUAGAGACUCUGCUCGCAUUUGGUGCUCACCCUGACACCUCUGGGGCGGAUGGACGCACAGCACUAAGGGCAGCAGCAUGGGGCGGGCAGGAGGGGCCAGUGAAGGCUUUGAUAAGGGCUGGGGCAGAGAUAGAUCGUGCGGAUGAGGAGGGCCGGACUCCUCUCAUGGCUGCUGCGUACAUGGGCCACGGUACGGUGGCCGAAUUAUUACUGGACUCGGGAGCUAACGUGAAUCAAUAUGAUGUAGAUGGGCGCUCUGCCUUGGCCGUCGCCUGCCUGUGUGUGCCAACCGGGAACCAGAGACACCCACAGCUGGUAUCUGUAUUGUUGGAUCAUGGGGCAGAUCCAUUACUGGAAGACAAGGAAGGGUUAACACCACUACUGAUUGCUGCCUACGAGGGGCAAGAAGAAGUGGCAGAGCUCCUCCUCGAAGCUGGGGCAGACCCAGACAGAGCUGGAAAGGACCAGAUGACGCCACUUUUGGCAGCUGCCUCUGGUGGACAUGCCGAAACAGUGAGGGUGCUACUUCUUUGGGGGGCUUCAACAGACGUCUUAGACAUAGAAGGGCGGUCGGCACUUCUACUAGCAGCUGCGGCAGUCCAUGGUGAGGAGGCAGUAAGAGUCUUACUACAUAGGGGUCUGAAUGAGAACCAUCAGGACCACUUGGGGUGGACUGCCCUGCACUGGGCGGCUUGUGAAGGUCGGAGAAGUGUUUGUCGUACCCUGAUAGAUGGAGGAGCCAAGGUGGGCGUGAGGGACCGAGAAGGGUACACGCCAUUUCUCUUGGCAGCUGAAGAAGGGCACACCGGCUGUGUAGAACUCCUGAUAAACCGAGGCUCCCCCGUCAGCCAGCUUGGCAGAGAUGGAAUGACGGCUUUGUGCUUUGCUGCUGUCGGGGGCCACAAAGCUACGGUUGAAUUACUCUUGAGAAAAAGAGCCGACCCUGAUGUGAAAACCACCCAAGGAAAACCACUGCUGCACCUCCUAGCUCUGCAGGGACUAACAGACGUGGCCAAAGUCCUGCUGCAGCAUGGUGCUGACCAAGAGGGCAGGGACCCAGAGGAACGCACGGCUCUGCAUGCCUCCUGCUGGCAAGGGGACGUAGACAUGACGCAUCUUCUUCUGGAGGUCGGACACGCAAACUGCAAUGCAUUUGACAAGGAGAACAGGACUCCAUUACACUGUGCCGCCUGGAGAGGGCAAGCCAACAUCGCGCACCUUCUGAUAGCAAACGGGGCAUUUACUGAUGCACAGUGCUCCCAGGGGGCCACCCCUCUCUGUAUAGCAGCUCAGGAAGGGCACUAUGAACUGGCCAGGGUACUCCUAGAGGAGGGCAAUGCCAGCCCCUUUCAUUCAGACCACUAUGGACGAACCCCUAUAAAAGUAGCAGCCAAGGGUGGGCAUGAGGCCAUAGUUCAUCUUCUAGAAUCCCACGGAGUUCCUUCUUAUCAGGGACCAAUGGCAAAGGUUCCAGGAAAAGAAUUGACUGAGCGAGCAGGUGGUGGAGGUGACAGCUGGUCCACGCUUUCACCAGUGUCAACGGGCAGCCGCUCACUCGACAACUCCUUAAAGAGCUCAGCAGGGUCCAUGCUGACGUCCUCAACCUAUCAUUCCCAGGCCACCGUGCCCAUGGACAGCCUCACAUUCACCCAACAAGUUCAGCAGCACUCACUUCCUCGCAGCCGCUCUCGACAAGCUGUGGCCCUCACCGGCCUGGUAGGUUUCCCUGCCCUCCCUGGAUUGACUGGCGAAGCCAUUACAACAUGGAACCAAAAUCCGAGUUCUCCAGACCGUGAGCUAAAGAGAAACGGGAUCCUCACCAACCCCAUGUAUGGGAGCCCCACAUAUGCUCGCCCCAGGACCGGCGAUGAAGCGCCCGCUAUAGAUAACACAAGACGCCAUCCUAAUAGCAAAGACUAUAUCCAAAGUAAAAGCAGCAGCUCAGGGUAUUCCUCACAUCAUGCCGCCAGCGAGAUCUACUGCAAAAAGGGCAUCAACUCGCCAAAGAAAACCAGAAACAUCAGGGAUGAACCCGUGAGGUUUUCUCAGGAGCCCAGGGGCCCCAAUGACUCUUCACAGAACAUUCAUGACCCAGUGACUUUCUCCUGUGUAGAUCCAGUGGAUCUCCGGAAAACAGCGUCCAACCUAGUGACCUCAUCUGACCACAAAGACGACCUUGUGCCCUCUGCCAGGAGCCCAGUAGACUUUGUGUAUUGUGCCCCGAAAUCAGGAGACGUUGUGCGCUCCCACAGUGCAAAGGAUCCUCUGAACUCUCCAACUAAGGGAGACCCGGACGGCCUCAUGGGGACACCACGCUCCCCUAUGAUCUCCAUCACCACUAUGGACCCUCAGCUCCACCUCAAGCAGGCCAUCAAGCUGAAGUUUGAGGGCCGCACAUGUGGUUUCAACUACAGGAAGGAGACCCCACUAUAAGGAAUUUGCUGAUGUUUCAGGAGAUCGGGCGGCAGUAGGACCCAGAAAACUCCUCAUCCAUCUGAUUUUUUUUAUACGAAGAUCUUAGAGGAUUUUCUGUUCUGAAUACAGGAGCACCUCCCCCGCAGACCCCUGUAUGAGGACCCCAGGGAAUUUACCUUGUUUACAUUCAUCUUUAUACUGAAAA